CCUGCCGGCUUGUUUGGAGCCGCCUGCCCUUCAACACAGCCGGGGGCUGGAGGGGGAAGCGCCGCGCGGCAGUCAGCGGCGGCAGGAGUGGGGACCGGCCGCGGAGAAGACCCGCUUCGUGCAGAGCCGCCGACAAGUGCUUCCUGUAAAGUAUUUUGUAGAAGAAUGCAUUCUUCAAAGAAUAAAAAUGUAGAAAAGCCAGAACCAUUUUAUAGACCUUCAGCACCUAAGCAGAAGACCAGUGCUGAGAUAAUAAAUGAAGCACGAAAUGCACUAAGGACUUUAAGAACUCAGAGGCCAUUUACACCUAGAGAGGACCAAAGGAAACUUUUUGGAUCUGCAUCUUCACGAACACUAGAAAAUAGACCACCUUCCACUUUUAGUCUCCAUGCUUCCAGUUUUGAAUCGGGUGAAUCAAGACCGGUGUCUGGUACACGUCUCAGCCCAUUGGAUCAUAAGCCAAAACUACUUUCAUCACCUAUAAAAGAUGAAGAUUCUUCCAUUUCCUUCCCGAAACCUCCAGUGGACCCAUUGGAGGUUAGGAAAGUCAGCAGUGCCCGGGCUCGCUUAUGCAGAACAGCUUCUCAAGGAAAUCUCCUUCCAGGUAAAAUAUUUCUUCCUGAUGAGAAUAAGGAAGGGGUAAAUUCUGAAGAACCAGCUACCAUGGAUGAUCUUUCAAGGAGAAGUAAUAAAAGUUGUUUAGCAGAACUAAGUCCACACUCCAGUUUUAAGGAUGAUAGUAUUCCACUAAUUUAUAAUAAGCAUAAUAAGGCAGAGGAGCAAGACUUCUUAAAAGGGGCAGUAGCAACAUCUCCAUUGCAAUUCAGAAGUGGAAGUGACCAAAUUAAAAACGGUGACAGGGCUUCAUCAAAUCUAAGCAGCACUAGCUGGAAUACAUCAGGAAGCAAAGCAGGCUCAGAGAUUGACUCAAGAGUAAAUGAAACAGAAGAGGAAGAAAACUACUGGAAUGUAAAGAUUGUACCAAUUGUAUAUGAAUUAGAGAAUGAAGACAAUAUAGAAAACCUCUGUCGUGCCUGCACCAGUCUCCAUCAAGCCUUGGAAGAAGGAAAUAUGUUUGGAAAGAGAUUUAAAAGAAGAAGUGCACUUCUGAAGCUAUUAUAUAAACUAGUUGACAUUGGUUCAGACCCACUUGGCCUGAAACUGGCAAGAAUGAUUCUGGCUCUGAAAGUAAGUGGAAAGAAUCUGCUCAAUGUCUGCAAGCUUGUGUUUAAAAUUAGUAGAAAUGAGAAAAAUGAUUCGCUCAUUCAAAAUGAUAGUCUAUUGGAUUCUUUGUUGGAGAUCCUGAGAUUUGAAGAUCUACAAACAAACAAUGAGGCUUUUCUGUAUUGCCUGGGAGCAAUAAAAUUCAUUUCUGGAAAUGCAGUACUCCUUAAUGAACUGGUUAACAAAGGAGCUGUUGAAAUAUUGUUUCAGUUAAUGAAACAGAUUAAUAAUAUUAAAGAAAAUGACACACGUUUCUCCAGCUUGGGCCACCUAUUAGUCCAGCUGACAGCUACUUUGCGAAACUUGGUUGAUUUACCUCUUUCAAGAUGCCAGCUCCUGUGUAGUGGUGCAGUUUCAGAGCUCUGGGUGGUGCUGGAGAAGCGUAUGAAUGAUAAGGAUAUAUGUACCAAUAUUAUCAGGAUAUUUAGCAAACUUUCUUCCUACAAUGACUGCUGUGCAGCUCUGGCAGCAUGCUCCAGAUAUUAUGUCUUAUUUUUAGCCCUUCUAAACAAACACCAGAAGAAGCAGGAUUUAGUUGUCCGUGUUGUUUUCAUUCUUGGCAAUUUAACAGCGAAGAACAACCAGGCCCGUGAACAAUUUUUUAAAGAGAAAGGAAGUGCUGACACCCUGAUAUCAUUAUUCCAAACCUACAAUGAAUUUGAUUUGAAUACAAAAAAAGAGAAACGUGAAGGAAAAGAAAAUAAAUCAAAACAAAAGCAUCCUUCAGAAGCAGAAGAUGUCCUUAUAAAACUGAUAAGAGUGCUCGCCAAUCUCUCCAUUCAUCCUAAUGUUGGUGCUGUUCUGGCAGCUAACCAUCACAUUGUGGCAUUGCUUGUUACGGUGCUAGAAUACAAGUCAGUUGAUGACUGUGAGGAGCUGGUGAUCAACGCUGCUGCAACAAUCAACAAUUUAUCCUACUACAAAGUGAGGAAUUCUGUAAUCGAAGACAAGAAGCUACACAUUGCAGAGUUGCUUCUGAAGCUGCUAAUGAGCAGCAAUAUGGAUGGAGUUCUGGAAGCUGUUAGAGUCUUUGGCAAUCUUUCCCAAUACCUUGAGGUCUGUGACUUCAUCAUACAGAAGAAGGUAUACAAGUUCAUGAUUGCUUUGCUCGAUGCCAAACAUCAAGAUGUCUGCUUUUCUGCCUGUGGAGUUCUGCUAAACCUUACUGUGGAUAAGAACAAACGAGCUAUACUAAAGGAAGAAGGAGGAAUUAAGAAGUUAGUUGAUUGUUUAAGAGACUUUGGGCCUACAGACUGGCAGUUGGCUUGCUUGAUAUGCAAAACGCUGUGGAACUAUAGCGAAAAUAUCACAAAUGCUGCAUCAUGCUUUGAAGAAGACGAUAUCAAUACGCUCCUAGUGCUGCUUGCAUCAUUUUUAGAUGAGGAAUUAGCAUUGGAUUACAACUUCGACAAAGAUUUAAGGGACUAUCACAAACUGUAUUGGGAAACGGAGUUCAAGCCUGUGGCACAGAAGCUUCUCAACAGAAUUCAAAGCCACCAUUCCUUCCUUCAACCUAUAACUAUUACUUCAUUUUAACCGGGGGCGGGGGGGCUGCUAAAAAACUGUUAAUACAAACCGCAGACUAUUUCAGCUGUUUUAAAAUAGUAGUAGUAAAUGCAAACAGGGUUUGCUAUUAAUAUAUUGAAAAUAACUCCAUUAAGUGCUGAUUAUUUUUGUAUGUAGAUUGUAUAUUUAACUAUUUCUGAUGCUACCUAUACAUUUUCAUUGGCAAGCAUGCUGGACAUUAUGGGAAAAAUGAAUAAAAUUAAUUUAUCUCAUAGCUAGUCUGAAUACCAUCUUUUGAGAAAGUUAGGAUUUGUAUAAUGUUGCUUAAAAAAAUAAUUGAUGUAAUGUGACUUUUCUAUUAAAUUCUGUUGCCGGUUUCUUUGGUGGAAAAGUUUGUUCACAGCUGAAGAGAGACUAUUUGAAUAGUUUGCCAAACUUACUUCUUAUAGUUGUUAGAGUCCCUCCCCUGCAAUGGGCACAUGGGAGAUCUCUGGCAGCAAGGAGCUAUGCAUUAUAAAAGAUUGUUCUGUAGUACACUACAUCUGUCUACAGACUUGGGCUUGGUUCUUCUUCUUCUUCAUAAAAUUCCAUAGCAAAUGUUACUUUUGGAGUUUGUUCUUUUCACAAGAUUCUCCCUUAAAUGAAGCACAAGAGCUUGAAUUUUUUUUAAAUGGUAAACUGGAAUUUUCCCCUUUUUGUGAGAAAGGGAGACAUCAUCUGUUUCCCUCCUCUCUACACACUCGUGGGGAUUUCCCUCUUCAUUGAUGAGAGAGGGGAAACUCUAGCCUCCUACUCUAAACUGCUGGGAGAGAGUCUCUCUACCAUCCCCAUUCUUGGCUGGGGAUUAUUUUUCCUCUCCGCUGGAGGGAUCAUGUGCUUUAUCCUUUUCACAGGGAAGUUGGUAAUCAACUAUCUGAGCUUUCUCCAGCUCUGGUUUGGGCAAGAAUCUAAUGGAUCACGAGCAGCCUUCUUUCUCCCUCUUUGUUAUGGAUGACUAGUCCUGGCUCUGUCCUUAAAAUAAGAGGAAGAAUUAGUAUUAUAGGACUGGUCAUGCACAACAGAAAGGGGGAGAGAAGGCUGCCCCAAUCCAUUGAAUCAGUGCCCAAACUACAGGUGGAGAGAGCUGGGAUGUGGGGGGGGGGCGGGGUGCAGCGUAUAUAUUAUAACUGUUGGUGCAAUGCAUUCUGGGUACUUGUUGCUAGUUUUGGCCAGCAGUGUCCCUUGGAAAGUUGUGAAUCUACCGAGGUGUCUUAGUGCCUCCAACGGGGGCAUAAUAAUGUUAUACGCCACCAUGUAAACUCAGUGUACUCAAGAU